AUGAGAGAAAUCAUUCAUAUCCAAAUUGGUCAAUGUGGCAACCAAAUUGGUACAAAGUUCUGGGAAGUAAUUUCGGAUGAGCAUGGCAUUGAGCCUAAUGGGACUUAUAGAGGUGACUCACCGUUGCAGUUGGAGCGCAUUGAUGUGUAUUUCAAAGAAGCUGAAGGAAAAAAAUAUGUACCUCGUGCAGUAUUGGUCGAUCUGGAACCAGGAACCAUGGAUUCGGUACGCUCUUCAACUUAUGGAAAGCUUUUUCGACCAGACAAUUUCGUGUUUGGUCAAAGUGGUGCUGGAAACAACUGGGCUAAAGGUCAUUACACCGAAGGAGCAGAACUUGUUGAUGAGGUGUUGGAUGCUCUUCGAAAAGAAGCGGAAAGCUCUGAUUGUUUGCAGGGUUUUCAACUUACUCAUUCCUUGGGAGGUGGUACGGGUUCUGGAAUGGGAACACUUCUCAUCGCCAAAAUACGUGAAGAAUAUCCGGAUCGCAUCAUGUCAUCAUUUUCCAUAUUUCCAUCUCCCAAAGUAUCAGAUGUUAUUAUCGAACCGUACAAUGCAACCCUAUCUGUACAUCAACUCGUAGAAAAUACAGAUGAAACAUUUUGUAUCGAUAAUGAAGCACUCUACGACAUUUGUUUGCGUACUCUAAAACUUACUGGACCGACUUAUGGUGAUCUUAAUCAUUUAAUAUCGAUGGCCGUUUCGGGAGUAACCACUUGCUUACGGUUUCCUGGUCAAUUAAAUGCUGAUCUGCGUAAACUAGCAGUUAACAUGAUCCCAUUUCCGAGACUUCACUUUUUUAUGCCUGGUUUCGCUCCGUUAACUGCUCGUAAUACUGCUGCAUAUAGGUCACUCAAGAUCAAUGAAUUGAUCCAACAGUUGUUUGACGCACGCAAUAUGAUGACCGCCUGUGACCCAAGGCACGGACGCUAUCUAACUGUUGCCGCAAUGUUCCGUGGACGACUAUCGAUGCAUGAGCUAGAAACACAAAUUUUGAAUGUUCAAAACAAAAACUCAUCUUACUUCGUUGAGUGGAUUCCAAAUAAUAUCAAGACAGCAGUUUGUGACAUACCUCCACGUGGGAUUAAAAACAGUGCUACUUUCCUUGGAAAUACCACUGCCAUCCAAGAAAUAUUUAUCAGAAUCACUGAGCAGUUCGAAGGCGAGGGUAUGGACGAAAUGGAAUUCACAGAAGCGGAUAGUAAUAUGAAAGAUCUGAUUUCGGAAUAUCAGCAAUAUCAAGAUAUGCCGGAUGAUGAGGAUUCAGAUGAAGCGAUCAAUGAACUCGGACAAGCAGAUGAUGAUGAGAAACAGCUCAAUCAGGAAUGA